AUGCCGCCGAGCUCCGCGUCUUGGUCGUCGGUGAGCAGCAGCAGCACGUUGGGCCUGCGAGCCGCCCCGACGAGCCCCAGGCAGGAGCCCAGCAGCGACAGCAGCAGCAGCACCGUGGGCGAGCGGCCCGCCGAGGGCGACGAGGAGCCGCAGCCCCACGGCCGCACGAGCCGCACGGCGUCCCUAGUGAGCGGGCUGCUCAUCGAGCUCUACAGCUGCACCGAGGAGGAUGAGGUGGCAGCCGGCGGGGACCGUGCGUCUCGGGGUCGCCCCCCGCGCAGCGACAGCCUGGAUAGUUCCACCGAGACCUCGGGAUCCGACGUGUUCCUGGGAGGUCGCGGCGUGGGCGACUCCCGAGUGCUGCAGGAGCUGCGGGAGCGGCCGAGCCUGCGGCUCCAGAUGCAGUACCUGCGGCAGAAAGACUCCAGUGAGCUGAAGACAAUCCUUCGCGAGCUGAAGUACAGGAUUGGCAUCCAGUCGGCAAAGUUACUCCGGCAGCUGAAGCAGAAAGACAGACUUCUGCAUAAAGUUCAGAAGAACUGCGACAUUGUGACAGCCUGCCUGCAGGCUGUGUCGCAGAAGAGAAGUGAGUCCUGGGUCUGGGGUGUUUGUCCCUCCUUUGCCGCUUUUGUCGGUAGUGAAGCUGCAGCAGACCCUGCUUUGCGUUAGUUUGAAAAGUUCAGGAACCAACCAGAUAAUCCAGCUUCCUAAUGAAUGCUUUAUGCCUAAUGUUAAAUCCUAGUUUUAUUAUUCACCAUUUGAGGGGAAUAAUCGAGAACAACAGAGAAAAACUGUUCUCUCUGACGAUGGUUGGUGUUUAUGCGACACCAAGUGCCUCAACAAGCACCGGAUUGAUGUCACGUAGAGCCGUGUCCUUGCUCCCUUAAUCUCUGUGCUCUAAUGAGGAUAUUAAACAAUUGGCCUAGCCAAUGAGAGCCGCUUACAGCCUGCUCUGAAAUCUAAGAAGGGCAAAGCAUUUGAACAAAUGAAGCCUGUGUCUUGUGUUACCCACUUCUAGCUAAGAGCUGCCUAGCUUGUUAACUGAACUGAAUUGUUCAGCUACUGAUCCAUCUUCAUUGUUGUUAAAGCUUUUCAAUUGAUUUUGUAAUUCUCCGUACAGUUGCAUUGUGCUUUAUUCUGCUAACAUGUCCCUGUUUUGCCUUCUUUGUUGACACGCAGCGUGGCAGAGUGGGGUUCAGGUAUGGCAAACGCA